AUGGCAUCUCACUACAAAGGCACGCGGCGGUUCAUUGUCGUCAACUGGUUUGCUGCGAAGGGUGCCAUGAGCCCGGUCCAAAAGUGGAGUCUUCUCGAGGUUCAAAGCAUCUUUCAGGAGACCGGCUAUGAAUGCAGUGAUACGUUUACCGUGCUCUCGCCCCUCUUUAACUCCCUCAAACACACUGAAGAUACUGAAGAGCAAACAGAGUUGAUUGAAGAAAACAAGGAUAAUCAAGAACUGAGUGAAUAUGAGGAGAAAAAUAAUGCCAAAAGCAGAGAAAAUCCUUUGAGCUGCUCUCAAACCAAACAGAAAGAUUUAAAGAAAAGAGCCAAGAAAUCUUUCACCUGCACUCAGUGUGGAAAGAGUUUGACAAGCAAAUAUAAAUUUGAUGUUCAUAUAAGAGUUCAUACUGGAGAUAAACCAUUCACAUGUGAUCAGUGCGGGAAGAGCUUCACUCAAUCAUCAAGCCUUAAGAAACACAUGCACAUCCACACUGGAGAGAAACCUUAUAAGUGUUCAUACUGUGACGAGAGAUUCAGUCAGUCUGGAUACCUGAAACCACACGAGAGGAUCCACACUGGAGAGAAACUGUACACGUGUGAUCAGUGUGGAAAGAGUUUCACAA